AUGGUUCGAGGGUCUCUCGCAUCCUUUGUGCUUUCGAAGAAUCUCGAUGCCAAUACGGCUACAGCUGAGGACUCAUCGGCUGCUCUGACGUUGGUCAGCGCCGACGUGCGGAAUAUCUGCAGGUCCUUUGAGACACUCCAUGAAGUCUGGGCGAAUCCUGUAGAGAUCGGCAUUGCUAUUUGGCUGUUGCAGAGACAGCUUGGACUUGGAAGCGUAGGCCCGGCCAUCACUAUCAUAGUGUGCACCGUUGGUAUGAGUAAACUUGGACAACUGAUGCCGCCGGCGAUGAAGCUAUGGAGCGAGAACAUCCAGACCCGCAUCACUGUGACUUCAGAGGUCCUCGGCUCUAUCAAGGAGACCAAAAUGCUAGGCAUGACGGAAUUCCUCCAGAAGGUAAUCCAGGAUCUCAGAAUCACUGAGCUAGUCAUGGCCAAAAAGUACCGUGCCAUGAUUACCUACAUGAAUGUCCUAGGAAAUUGUCCGAGCAUGGUUGGUCCCGUCGUGACCUUCGGAAUCGCGCUUCUCGCCCAGAGAAUCAAUGCGGGAGGGUCGCUUUCUAUUGCAACUGUCUUCACAUCACUCUCCAUCAUCGAUAUGAUUGCCGGUCCUUUGGCCCUGCUAAUCUCUUCAGUGCCAAGUCUGCUUGCCUCUCUGGGAAGUUUCGAGCGAAUUGAGGAUUUCGUCGGUAACGACCGCCUCUCACAGAACCCCACUACUAUGGAGCAGCGAAGACCUACUCCUUCUGAGAGCGAUGCUGGAGUUGAGAUGCAGACCUUUUCAACUAAGGCGUCUUCGGAUCAAGACCAUAUCGUUGUGGUCGAAGAUGGUUCUAUCUCAAUCAAGGCUGGAGAAACGCCCAUUUUACAGAACGUCAACCUUCGCAUCCCGCCUUCAACACUGACGAUUCUCAUUGGUCGCGUUGGCUCUGGCAAAACAGUCUUACUCCAGGGUCUUUUGGGCGAACUGCCCAUGGCCGGCUCCGUCAAGACCUUGGAUGGAGGCGUGGCAUACUGUGCGCAGACCACAUGGCUCACGACCUCAACUGUCAAGGAAAACAUCAUCGGCCAAUCGCCACUGAAUCAGGACUGGUAUGAUAAGGUAGUACAUGCAUGUGCCUUGCUGUCAGACUUUGCGAAUCUGUCAAAUGGCGAUGGAACUGUUGUUGGGAGCAAGGGCCAGUCUCUCAGCGGUGGUCAGAAGCAGCGUGUUGCUCUGGCCCGGGCGGUCUAUGCGAGGAAGCCUGUUCUCGUUGUCGAUGAUGCGCUUAGUGGAUUAGAUUCCUCUACCCAAAACCAUAUCUGGGACAAUGUGUUUGGCCAGAAUGGUUUGGUUCGUCGGUUUGGAACUACCAUCAUUCUUGCUACACAUUCACUGAGCUACCUAAAGUAUGGUGAUCAUAUCGUCAUUCUCGGCGACGACGGCAAGAUUGCCAACCAGGGUACUUUCACUGCUGUUCGACAUAGCGCCUACCUCGAAACCUUGUCCAUUGAGGACAACAAGCACAGCAAGAACGAUGAAAGCGGCACAUCCACCCCCGAAACUUCAGAGAAGAACAAGAAACCAAAAGCACCGGAGGGGAACGACAAGGAACUGGAUCUCCUGAGAAAAGCUGGAGAUACCACCCUUUACUGGUACUACCUGAAGUCAAUUGAGGUUUGGUUGAAGUCCUGGACCGAGAAUGAUGCAAAGACCGGGGGAGCAGACACCGGCAUGUACUUUGGCGUUUACGCUGGCAUGUCUGUCGGCGGCUUGUUUAUCAUUGGACUGAAUAUUUGGAUGAUGUUUGUCAUGAUUGUUCCCAAGUCAUCUCAGAACCUGCACUGGAAAUUGCUCCAGACCGUCAUGAGAGCACCUUUGUCUUUCUUCCUGGUUAAAGACACAGGCGAUCUACUGAAUCGAAGAUUCAGUCAAGACCUCUCCCAUAUCGACCGAGACCUCCCAACCGCGUUAUUCAUGACUUCCAUCGCGGUUCUGGAUUGUCUUGCUGGAUUGGUUCUCAUCAUGAUCGGUGCCAAGUACCUCGCGGCCGUGAUCCCUGUCCUACUCGUCGCUCUUUACUGCUUGCAGGCCUUCUACCUGAGAACCUCUCGACAGAUGAGAUUCCUCGACCUUCAGGCUCAGGCACCACUACUGACCAAACUUGUCGAGACGAUUGAUGGUAUCUCUACUAUCCGGGCAUUCGGCUGGCAGGGUGCAUUCCGCGACUCAUCACUCCACCUCCUGGAUCAGUCUCAGCGGCCUUACUACCUUCUGUUCUGCAUCCAGCGAUGGCUUACUCUGGUUCUCGAUAUCCUUGUUGGCGCCAUCGCGGUUCUUCUCGUCUCGCUAGCAAUGACCAUCCCGGAAUCAACCAGCACUGGUGCAAUCGCUAUUGCGCUUUACAAUGUGCUUAAUUUCAAUUCGUCACUCGCCACUCUCAUCACCUCUUGGACGGAGCUUGAGACGUCUCUGGGUGCCAUCUCAAGACUGAGAACCUUUGAAUCCAAGACGCCAGUUGAGCCAUCCCCUUCACCAGAGGAGCAAGCACCCCUGCCGCCUAAUUGGCCUUCCGAAGGUCGUCUUGAGAUCAACAACAUCACAGCAUCUUAUUCCCCAGACACUAGGCCAGUGCUGCAGGACGUAUCACUCACUCUGCAGCCAGGUGACAAGGCCGCAAUCUGCGGUCGCACUGGCAGCGGCAAGUCAACACUGACCCUCACCAUCUUCAAACUUUUGGGCUUAGACUCAGGCUCAAUCGUAAUCGACGGCAUCGACAUCUCUCAGGUGCCGAACAACGUGCUUCGUCGUCGUCUAAUUGCCAUUCCCCAGGAACCUCUGCUCUUCCCCGGAACGCUGCGCACUAAUCUCUUCCCACACACCGAGGGUCUCAGCGCUGAUGAGAUCCCCUCAGAUGAAGCCCUCAUCUCUGCCCUCACAAACGUGUCUUUGUGGUCAGCAAUCUCCCUCAGCGGCGGCCUAAACACCGACGUCUCCAACUUGGCCUUGUCAAAGGGCCAGAAGCAGCUUCUCUGUCUCGCACGCGCUAUCGUUCGCAAGCAUUCAAGCAAGAUUCUCGUUCUCGAUGAAGCGACGAGCGCCGUUGACCAGGAGACGGAGGAGAUGAUGGCCAAGAUUAUUGAGACUGAGUUUGCAGCUCAUACUGUGGUAUCUAUAGUUCAUAGGCCACAGGCACUGCGGGGAUUGCAUAUGGUGGUAACUCUCCAAGAUGGCAAAAUCCUGAAGAUCGGCCCUCCUGAGCUGUGA